UAGGAACAUAAUUGGUGGAUAGAUGGAAUGUGAUUUAUUACCAAAAGAGGCAAAAAUCAAUUCUUACUCUCGUUGUGAUUGAUAACGAGAAAUUGAGAAUUGUUACAGAAACGAUCGUGUUUUUUUUUUUAUUCCAUCGUAAACCAAAAUUUAGUUCUCCAGUUGAGCGUUCUUCCCACAAACCCUAAUGUCGUUUCUUGAAGAAUUUCAUGCCAAUUUGGAUUCACUACCCGUUAUUCUUCGGAAGAAGUAUACACUGUUGCGUGACCUAGAUAAGAGCUUACAGGAUAUUAAAAGGCAAAAUGAACAGCGUUGUGAACAAGAAAUUGAAGAUAUUAAGCGAGGUGUUAGGUCUGGAAACAUCACGCCUGAUACUUCGGCAAUUAGAUUCUCUGAUGAAGCGCUUGAUGAGCAAAAGCAUAGCAUCAGGGUUGCUGAUGAAAAAGUAGCCUUGGCUGUCCAGGCUUAUGAUUUGGUAGAUACAAACAUACAACAACUUGAUCAGUAUCUGAAAAAGUUUGAUGAGGAGAUUCGGCGUGAAAGAGAAAACGCUGCAAUAACUGGAGUACCUGCUUCAGGUCCUGAAGGUAAUACAAAAUCUGGAAGGGGUAAUGAAAGUGGUACUGGUAGAGGAGGGCGAAAAAAAACACGGCAAACAACAAUGGUCACAGAAGCACAAGCCACUUCAAACCCAACUGGCAUGGAUUUAGAGUUACCAGUUGAUCCAAAUGAACCCACAUACUGCUUUUGUAAUCAAGUUAGCUAUGGAGCGAUGGUUGCAUGCGAUAACCCCAAUUGUAAAAUAGAGUGGUUUCAUUUUGGUUGUGUUGGUCUGAAAGAACAACCAAAAGGAAAAUGGUACUGUUCGAAUUGUGCAGCAACCAAAAAUCGGCGUAGAGGCAAAUGAGGCUGACAGAAGAAUAAGAAUAAAGUUAAAAAUGAUUGUAUUGAAUGUGCGUAUAUAUAUUUUAAUAUCUCUAGAAGGGAGUUAUUUAUAUUGGGCCUAGAAACUUUGCUUCUGUAGCUGUUAUUAAUCGGGAAAUUAUGAAAGUACAAAUUUCCAAUGACUUAUGGUUGGUGGCUGUGUUUGUAUAUUUAAUUGGUUUUGUACACACUUCAGAGCUAUGUUCCUUUAAGGUUCUUCUCCUGGCCAUCAAAUGGUUCCUUUUCAUUGUAGAUCUGGGUUGAAAAAGCACGGAAUUACUGUGUACUUGUGUAGCAUACCAUGUAGUUUCUGCUCUAAUUAUAUAAUUAGCAGUUUAGUUAUGACAUUUGUUUAA